AUGGAGAAUAAGUUACCUGAUGUUCCUACCCAUUUACCAACUAAACAACAAGAAGAAUUCGAAGAUAUACAACAGGUGGAAGAUGUCUCUGCUUUGAGAAGAGUAGCUGAAGGCAUCCCAACAGCCGCCUGGUUUAUCCUUGUCAAUGAAUUUUGUGAAAGAUUUGCUUAUUACGGUGGUUCAACUCCUUUCCAGAAUUACGUCCAGCAUGCUCCAACAGAUACAACACCUGGUGCCUUGGGUCGUGGCCAAUCCACUGCUACGGCUUUGCAAAACUUUUUUACCUUCUUUUGUUACUUUACUCCCAUGUUGGGUGCUAUUGUAGCAGAUCAAUACAUUGGCCGUUAUUGGACCAUUAUUGUCUUCUCUACUGUUUAUAUGAUCGGCUGGCUGAUUCUUACUUGUACCUCUAUCCCUUCUGCGCUCGAACAUGGUGCUGGUUUCCCAGGUUACGUUGUCGCACUAGUUGUAAUUGGCUUUGGAACAGGAGGUAUCAAAGGUAUCGUCUCUCCUCUUUGUGCAGACCAAUAUAGAAAAACAGAAAACUAUGUAAAGGUGUUGCCUUCAGGUGAACGCGUUUUGGUAGACUAUGACCUUAGUAUUCAACAUUUAUAUAACUGGUUUUACUGGGCUAUUAAUGUUGGUUCACUUUUGGGCGGCGUUAUCUGUCCCUUAUUAGAAAGAAACGUCGAUUUCUGGGCAGCAUUUCUGCUUCCGACAUGUAUGUUUGCUAUGGCCAUUAUUGUCUUUGUCUCAGGAACGAAGCUUUACUAUAAGCCUGCUGCCACUGAAUCCGUCAUCAUGAAGGCAUUCUCAGUCAUUGGCUUUGCUCGUCACCAAGCAAGCUUGCCCGAAAAUAAGGAAGCACGUAAGGCAUCCAAGAACGUGCUGGACUUUGCAAAGAGAGAACCCGGUAUCCCCGCGGUGAGUGAAUGGUCUACUGACUCCUACGCAAAGGCAAAAUGGGAUGACCGUUUUGUGGAUGAGCUCAAGGAAGCCGUCAUGGCAUGCAAGAUCUUUGUACUCUUGUCUAUUUACUGGGUAUGUUAUAAUCAGCUUUCAAACAACUUGAUCUCUCAAGCUGGUACAAUGAAACUUCCUGAAGGAUUGCCUAACGACAUCAUGAACAACUUUGAUCCUAUUGCUCUUAUCAUCUUUAUUCCCAUUGUUGACCGUUUCAUCUAUCCUGCCUUGCGUAAAUACAAGAUCAACUUCCUUCCACAAUUACGUAUUACCUUUGGUUUUAUUCUUGGUGCACUUGCCAUGGUUUAUGCCGCCGUUGUUCAACAUUAUAUUUACCAAGACGAACUCUUCAUUUCUUCAGGUGGUGUCACUUCUAACGUCUCUGUAUUUAUCCAAGUCCCUAGUUACGUAUUGAUCGCUUUCUCUGAAAUCUUUGCUUCCAUCACCUCUAUCGAGUACGCUUAUACUCACGCACCAAAGUCAAUGAAAUCCUUGGUUUCUGCUCUUUCAUUGUGGCCCAACUGUGUUGCUGCCUUGAUUUCUCUCGCUAUUUCCCCUGCUGCCCACGAUCCCAACAUGGUCUGGGUGUAUACCGGUGUUGCUUGUGGUGCUGUCGUCUUUGGUGCUUUAUACUAUUAUCUUUUCAGAAGCUAUGAUCGCAUUGACGAAGAAUCUCGUUUGAAGAGAAUGGCAGAUCAAAGUACAUUUGAAAAGCCCGAAUUAGAGUUUUCAGCUUAG